UCGCCACCUCUUGUGACCCCCGCAACACCCAGAGAGAGAGGAGAGCUAUGCAGAGAUGCCAGCAUCGUUCUCCCUCUUCCUCCUGGUCCUGAUCCUGCACGGCGGCCUCCCCUGCCCGCAGAGCUGUGACUGCCCGCCGGGGAGCGGUGUGGUGUGGUGCAACCGGAAAGACCUGGUGACCAUCCCUUUCGACCUUCCCCACGACACCCGGGUCCUCUACCUGGACUCGAACUGGAUCACCCACGUCCCCAACGGGGCCUUCUACGGCCUGAAGCAGCUCCGUGAGCUUCACCUGGCGGACAACCUCAUUGAGAGCAUAGCGCCGGGGGCCUUCCGCGGCCUGGGAGGGGGGCUGAGGCUGCUGGACCUUUCCGGCAACCAGCUGGAGAGGAUGGAGUUUGCCCCCUUUGCCAUGCUCACCUGGGUCCGGCUAGAGCUGUACGACAACCCCUGGCACUGCGACUGCUCCCUGCAGAAGCUGGUGGAGGCUCUUCCUCUGGACGCAGAGACCGUGGAGGACGUCGUGUGUGCCACUGCGGAGUGGGAGGAAUACACCGGGAAGACCUUAGCUCGCUUGCUCAACACCGGCGUCAACUUCUGCCUGGGCCAGCAGAGGAACACGGACCUGGCCAUGCUGCUCACCAUGUUUUGCUGGUUCGCCGUGGUCAUCACCUAUGUCAUCUAUUACGUCCGACGCAACCAAGCAGAAUCCCGACGCCACUUGGAGUAUCUCAAGUCUCUUCCCCUGCCCAGCAAGCAGCCCAGCCCGGAGGAGUUGGAAGAAGACACCCUCAGCACCAUCCUCUGAGAAAUGAGGGUU